CUUCCCCCAGUAGUCAAUCGCACUCACUCUGUAAAAGCCGGAGACUGAGCUUCCUGCAAACGAGAAGGUUAGAUAUGGUCACUUUGAAAGGCUCACAUCAAUGGUGCUUGGAGGACACGGAGAAGGAAAUGUGUGGACAGGACAACAAAGGAGCAGGACAGAGAGCAUGCUGACUGAAAAUCCUCUGCUCAGCUCGGAAGGCAACACUAUUUAGUCCAAAGAAUUUUUAUGAUGAAUGAUUUCUGUAUACUUCAGAACUGAUAUAUGAAUGCUAUAACCCAGUUCAGAUGGAGCAAAUCUUUAAAUGGCAGUCCAACAUCACCUCAUGACUCUACAAUAUAAAAACGGCAAAACCUCUUAAGACUGAGAAGAUAAAAUCUAUUGCAUUUACAGACAGUUUUGAAUGAGAUAUUAACUUCUGGCUCUCCACAGACUAAGAAUUGAAAGCUCCAGAGGAACGGUGCCACUGUUCUGGGACUAUUGUGCUACUCUUUCGGGACUACUGGGCUAAUACUAUUGUGAGACAACUGCAGCUACCCUGUGCCUUUGGAACAGAUGCAUGAAGUAAACACUGGCACAAUGGAAAGACAACUGGAGGCUACCAGGCUGGAAAGCAGCACCUCCUCCUGCUUUUUUAUGGAAAGAAAGACUCAGGUCAAGAUUAACAGAAAAAAGAUCAUGUUAGCCAAGCUAAGGAAGAGCUGUUCUUGCACCCCAAGGAAAAUGAAGAACAUUAUCAUGGACUUCUUUCCUGUCUUACGGUGGCUUCCCAAGUACCGGUGCAAAGAGUAUAUAUGGGGGGAUAUCAUGUCUGGGCUAGUGAUUGGGAUCAUUCUGGUACCGCAAGCAAUUGCAUACUCAUUGCUGGCAGGUCUAAAGCCCAUUUACAGUCUUUACACAUCAUUCUUUGCCAACAUCAUUUAUUUCUUGAUGGGCACAUCCCGUCAUGUCUCAGUUGGCAUUUUCAGCUUGAUAAGCUUAAUGGUAGGACAAGUUGUGGACCGAGAGCUUCUCUUGGCUGGGUUUGAUUUGAAUGAUGAUGCUCCACCAGGCCUGGGUGAUGGCUCCCUCUGGAACAACAGCAAACCCAACACAACCGCCUUCAAUUUCACCAUUGGAGGAACAAGUGUAGAGUGUGGGAAAGAAUGCUAUGCUAUCGGCAUUGCUACAGCCUUGACAUUUGUAGCUGGAGUGUAUCAGGUUCUAAUGGGAAUCUUUCAUCUGGGUUUUGUAUCUAUGUAUCUGUCCGAGUCUAUGCUAGACGGCUUUGCAACUGGUGCUUCCUUAACCAUUUUAACAGCUCAAGUGAAGUAUCUGAUUGGAAUAAAAAUCCCACGUAGCCAAGGGCACGGAAUGCUCAUAAUUACUUGGAUUAAUAUUUUCCAGAACAUUACUCAGGCUAACCUUUGUGAUGUCAUCACAAGUGCCAUUUGUAUUGUGGUGCUGGUCACAGCUAAGGAACUAGGAGAUCGGUAUAAGCAUAAAUUGAAAUUUCCUCUGCCCACAGAGCUGGUGGUUAUUGUUGUGGCAACACUGGUAUCACAUUAUGGGAAUCUGAAUGAAUUAUAUGCAUCCAGUGUUUCUGGAGCUAUACCAACAGGAUUUAUUCCCCCCAAGGUGCCAUGCUUUGACUUAAUGCUCCGUGUCGCUGUAGAUGCCUUGCCACUUGCCAUAAUAAGCUUUGCAUUCACUGUAUCCCUUUCUGAAAUGUGUGCAAAGAAAUAUGCUUACACCAUCCGAGCCAAUCAAGAAAUGUUUGCUGUGGGGUUCUGCAACAUCAUUCCUUCAUUCUUCCACUCUUUUGCAACCAGUGCAGCUCUAGCAAAAACACUUGUCAAAACAUCAACAGGCUGUCAGACUCAAGUCUCUGGAGUGAUUAGUGCAAUGGUGGUUUUGAUGGUGCUACUCUUCUUGGCACCUCUCUUCUACUCCUUGCAGAAGUGUGUCCUGGCUUGUAUCAUUAUUGUUAGCCUCCGAGGAGCCCUGAGGAAGUUCCGAGAUGUGCCAGCACGAUACCAUGUAAACAAGGUGGACACACUGGUUUGGAUCAUUACUAUGUCUGCAUCCGCCUUGAUUAGCACAGAAAUAGGGCUUUUGGUUGGUAUCAUUUUCUCCAUGCUGUGCAUCAUUGUUCGGACACAGCAGCCACGGACAGCCCUGCUUGGUCAGAUCCAGAACACCAACUUUUAUGAGGAUGACCUGGAAUACAAAAACCUCUCUUCUGUUCCAAAGGUCAAAAUAUUUCGUUUUGAAGCACCACUUUACUAUGCAAAUAGAAACUACUUCCUGAAGUCUCUGUACAGAUUGACUGACUUAGAUCCUAAUCUAGAAGCUGCAAGAAGGAAGAAAUAUGAGAAGAAGGAACAGCAGCAACUGAAAAAGGGAGAUCAAACUUCUGCUAAUGGACUGGGCAUGGAAGAAACUAUCGUGCAACUAGUACCCAAGCAAAUUGAUUUCCAAGCCAUUAUUGUAGAUUGUUCUUCCAUCUCGUUUCUGGACACCACUGGAGUUAAUACACUGAAGGAAAUCCUGAAAGACUACAAGGAGCUAAACAUUUCUGUUCUCCUGGCUUGCUGCAAUCCCUCAGUAAUAGACUCUUUGAAAAGAGGAGGUUACUUUGGGAAGGAUUUUGGAAAUAUGCAAGAAUUGCUAUUCUACAGCAUACACAAUGCCGUGCAGUUUGCAAGAGACCUAAACGUUCCAGCAGACUGCACUGGUGUUUAGUCUGCUUUUUUCCUGCAACUGGCUACACAAGCGACAGAUGAGAAGAGGCAGUUUGCAAUAAUUAAAAUUAUCAGACGCAUCACUGGCUGCAUACAGCAAGGGGCCUACAAGCCAUUUUUCCCAGAAGAGUUCUGCAGUUUGCCAGGUGCCACGCAGAAGAGUCACUAGUACCAGCCUGGAACAGGUUGAAUUAUUAUUCUUCCACUCUAAAAUGCAUGUGAUAUGCUAUAGGCAGUUUGAAAUUGACUUCCCCUUGGACCACAGUCAAAUAUAUACAUCAUAAGACUGUUGUACUGGAAGUCAGCCCAAUACUAGCCACUUGCCCCAGGAGUUCAUUAGCUCAUUUGUGUUAUGAGGCAUAAGCCAUUUUCAAGAAAAUGCAAUGCAUUUAGCAUUUUGGCCUCAUAAUGCUUAAAGUUGGGAUUGGAAGGCACUUGCUUUGUCCUGGUUCCAGGUAUGCUCCUGAAAACAAUUCCCACCAUUUACAUGCAAUUGUGUAUAAAAUAUUGUGGGAGAUAACAUGUCUCUCCUUGAUUUCAAGGGCUUAAUGACACAAUCUACCAUUGGAGAAGAAAUUAUGAUUCAUCACAUGGUCCUCUCAAAAGUAUCAUGUCCAAAAAAAUACCCUUGAAAAAAAAUCACCUAUGUUGUUACAGUAACCAGCUGAUGAAGGUUUUAAUAUUCUUAGUAACACAGGAAGAAACAUGGCCCUAACAGACUAUUUUAUCAUGAGUAAUGAGACAGUAUAAACUCUUAAUGCAGGUUUUGACUGCCAGUCCUAUUGUGACUCUGAUUGCUAUACAAUCUGUCAAAAUGAGUUGCUCUGGUUGGGCUGAUGCAGAUCUAAUUCACGGACACACAGGGAUGAUCAGCCACAGAAUUGUGCUGAAACACAGGAUGUUUGCCUUGUAACAGCCUACCUGGGAGCUAGGCUAGCAAAAGAAUAUGGGAGAAGAAAAGGCAGGAUGAGAAGGCAAACCAGCUACCUGACUGCAAGAGUAGUGACAAAGCAGGACUGCUAGACUGGCCUUCUCUGUUGUAAUGCUAAUACAGUUUUAUAGUAACAUAUCUUGGCUGAUUAACGGACAAUGCUUUGUUAACUAUGUAUCCCUACAUGCUGGAAAAAUCUCACUAUUCCUUAUACUACAGGCUUCCCCCCUUCCCCUUAUCAUGUUUUCCUUUGAUUUGAUGUUCAUUAACCUGUGUUUUCCAGGGAUGAAUUACUUUUUCUACAAAUUUCUUCCAAUGGGUGUUCAUUUUCUAUUGUGUCAAAUGAUGUCCCAAAGGCCCAAUGCAUUGUCUUUCCAAAUAAGUAGGGACCUAAAUUUGGUACUGUGUAUUUUGGCUCUUGGCUUUUGUAGAAUAUCCCUUCUCAAACCCAAUAAAUAGGUUAGGCUUAUGACUGCCUACCUUAUAGGUAGGGCAGCUUUUACCCUUCCCUCCUUCUUUAUUGCUUGUUCACACACACAGUAAGGGGGUGUGGAAGAAAGGCUUCUCACACCUCUGCCUUUUACACUUAGCAGACUCUAGGCUGGGUUCCAUGUAUGCUGAAGCUAUUUCUCUGCUGUGUGUUUUGAAUUGAACAAAAGGCAUCAUGAGACUUCUUAUUUCAACUUCUCAGACCACACACAGUGAAAAGAGCAAAGAGUUCUCCAGGUGCUCCAAAGAUUGUUGCAUGGGGAUGGAAAGUAGCACAGCUUUAGGCUGGUAAUUUUGAUUCUGAGGUUCCCAUGCACCCAUUAGUAAAAAGCAUGUCAGGUCUACAUUCCCAGGACUGCCAAAACAGUAAAACCUGACAGAAACACUUGCCAAGAGAUUACGCUUUGACUACUAGCAGUGUUUUCUUACCAUAAAGCAAGUGCUUCCCUCUUAAAAUUAGCUUAUUUUUUGACAUACAAUCAAGUGUGCAGAGCUAAAGGUCAUGGUGUUGCUUUUUGUCUGUUUGUAACUUUUCUUAAAUCAGUGAAACUCUUGCUAGACUGUAGCAUGAGGAAGUGGUUUAUAAGAGCUAUUGCCAAACAAGUUAACAAGUACAGUCAGUCUUUUGCUGUUGUGGCAAAGCAACGCAUUGCUUAAAAUAACUAAAACAGUUUAAGUAGGUAAGAACACUCCUUUUGGCAAUCUAAAUUUAUCUUUCUA